AUGUCGGACGGCAGAUCGGAUUCGGGGCUGGGCCUACGUUUUCUCGAUUUGAAUGACGAUGAGGACGACAACAGCCCAUGCAAAGGCCGCUUGCGCCGCUCUAGGAGCCAAACCAGCAAAUCGGUCCCCGUAACGCCGCAUGCUUCUUCACCGCAAAUUUCAACGCCCUCUCUUCCCUCACCGAUGAGCCAUCGGGGCUUCUCACCUCUCUCACCGACUCCUCGCCAGCAAUUCUCCACGCCCGGUGGUUAUUUCUCGACGCCGGUGGCUAAGAGCCCCCUAGCGCGCUCAUGGACCGAGGAUGAUCUCACUGCAUCAACCCAUUCAAAUGGGACUGAAAAGACGAAUGAGAACACUGAAAAUACCCGAGAUACUCUCGGUUUGAUCCAGCGGCUCAACGACUUGGCGCAAAAGCUCCUCGCGGGUGAAGAUGUCCCUGAUACCAACGUUAGCGCCAUGCACGGAAAGCUUGAUGAGAUUGAUUCAGUCUUAGCCGGAGAGCCGCCUCAAGCAACACCACAGGGCAAGCCAAAGAAUUGGCCGGCAGACGCCCGGAGUGUUGAGCAUGAAUCCUUGUGGACUUCGCCUUCGCCGUCAUGGUUUCGGUCGGGCCUUUCGGAAAUCUCACCGUCCUUCCGCAGCUCAUUCAGAAGAGAUACGCCCUCGCCUGAACCCACCGUCGAAAAGAAGCCCGCGGUCGAUACUUUCCGCAUCGCGUCCGAAGCAGCAAAACUCAACAUCGAGCUGGAAUCCCUCGUCACAAACCUCAAGGCCCGUCAAGAGGAAUCGGAGAACGGGCAGCACAAAGAAUCAUCUUCCUCCAAGGUCGAAGAAGAAGAACUCCAAGAAAACGACUCGGAACUCAGCUACCUACGCCUCGGCCUCAAGGCUAUAGAAGUGCAAUGCCCAACCGAUGUUGACGACGACCUCGCCCAAAGCAUUCAGAACUGGAAAACCGACUGGACCGCCCUCAAACGCAAACGGUCAAAGCACAAGAGCUACGACCGCUCCGCUUACAGCACACCCACAGGGACGCCGCUGCGGCGGUGA